AUGAAAGACAAGAUAUUUUCCUUUCUUGUUGCUGUCAAUUCAAAGCAAGCGAGUGUCACUUCAUGGCAAACGGCUCUCUUGUCCAUGUUUCGAAAUGCCUUUGUAUUGUAUGUGAGUAUGGUUCUGUCAUCAAUUCCAUCCACUCUGAAUGAAGAGGAGAAUGCAACAUUAGCUCAACCACCACUCUGGGGAAUCAUUCCUUCAUGGAUUCAUCGAGUCAUGUUCUAUCCCAUUACGUUGGGUGCGGAACAUUAUUCGUAUAUGACCAUUAUUGUCUUGUCAUCAGUAUUUCUAGCGUUGGAAUUAUUCACUCUCUUCAUGUAUGCUGUUUUCUAUCUGUUACACAGUAGGGGAAACAAGUAUUGUGACAAGAUCAAAAGAAUCCUUAUUCAACCACUCUCUCUAUUCAUGCUCGUGUUUACCACUUGGAUGGUGUGGAUUCAUUGUGUGCCCAUGUCAUCAAGUUCCUCCUCUUCAUCCUCUCAUACCAUUUCGAAUGAAUACUUUCCUCCAUCACUAUGA